GCUCAGCCCAGCCCAGCCGCACUCCUUCCUUCUCUCGGGCUGCCCCAGGAGGAUGCGAAGGAGGCGGCGGCGGAGGAGGAGGAGGAGGAGGAGAAGCGGGAGGCAGACGCAGCCAUGAGCGCGGCGGCGGAGGCGGCUUCCUCCCGCGCCUCCUCGCAGCUCCGCGCCCUCUUCCGCAUGGAGCCCGCCCCGCCUUCCGCCGCCUCGGAGCAGCUGGUGGGAGCCGCCGAGUUCCUCAAAGACCGACUUUAUUUUGCUACUUUACGGAACAGACCCAAAAGCACAGUUAACACCCACUAUUUCUGUACCGAUGAGGAGCUGGUCUAUGAAAAUUUUUAUGCAGAUUUUGGACCUUUAAACUUGGCUAUGUUAUAUCGAUUUUGCUGCAAGCUAAACAAGAAAUUAAAGUCAUUCAGUCUAUCAAGAAAGAAAAUAGUGUAUUACACCAACUUCGACCAGCGGAAACGAGCAAACGCUGCAUUUCUAAUAGGUGCAUAUGCAGUAAUAUACUUGAAGAAAACGCCUGAAGAAGCUUAUCGAAUACUUUUGUCUGGAUCCAAUCCACCAUAUGUUCCAUUUAGGGACGCCUCGUUUGGAAACUGUACAUACAAUCUUACUAUUUUGGAUUGUCUACAAGGAAUAAAAAAGGCCUUACAACAUGGAUUUGUAGACUUCAAGACAUUUGAUGCAGAUGAGUAUGAGCACUAUGAGCGAGUAGAAAAUGGUGACUUCAACUGGAUUGUCCCAGGAAAAUUUUUAGCAUUUAGUGGACCACAUCCAAAGACCAAGAUUGAAAAUGGCUACCCUCUCCAUGCACCCGAAGCUUAUUUCCCAUAUUUCAGAAAACACAACGUAACCACAGUAAUAAGACUCAACAAAAAGAUUUAUGAGGCAAAGCGUUUCACAGAUGGUGGAUUUGAGCACUAUGACUUAUUCUUCAUUGAUGGAAGCACGCCAAGUGAUAGUAUACUACGACAGUUCUUGAGCAUCUGUGAGGAAGCAGAAGGGGCCAUUGCUGUUCACUGCAAAGCCGGGCUAGGAAGAACAGGAACACUGAUAGCCUGUUAUAUAAUGAAACAUUAUAGAUUUACACAUUCUGAAGCCAUUGCUUGGAUACGAAUGUGCCGACCAGGUUCUAUUAUUGGACCCCAGCAGCACUUUCUUGAAGAAAAGCAAUCAAUGUUAUGGGUCCAAGGAGAUAUCUUUCGCGCCAAACAGAAACCGAGAGGAGUAGGUGAAGACAGUGUGAACAAAGUUCUGUCUGGUUUCGAUGACAUUUCCAUCAGUGGGACUUUAAGUAAAAUAGAAAAUAUGGAUAGAUAUGGAGAGAAUGAUCUGGAGGACAAUGCAGAGGUAGAAACUAAGAAUGGCAUGACUCAGGGAGAUAAACUCCGUGCCUUAAAACUUCGGAGACAGCCACGUUCAGCUACAACAGGAGCUCUUAGGUUAGAAGAUGUGAAAUUGCACACCAGAUCCAUAUCCCAACCUUUCAGACUGAAUACAGCCUCUCUCUCAGAAGGGCGUAUCUCUCCUCUAAAGUCUUCCAAAGUGACGGCUACUGUGUCACCUGCAGCAAAGAGAAUAAACAGACAUUCUCCGUCUUCAAGCCCAAAUUUGAAAAGCGUUUCCAUAAACUCCAGGCUAGCCAAUUCUCUAGGGAACCUGUAUGCUGCUUCAGAUGAUGCUGAGAGCAAAAUGACAUCAUCGUCCUCUAGGACAGGUUAUUCUGUAAACCAAAUCUCCGGUCAUUUGAAUGGCAGCGCACAGCCGCCUGCCAGAAAUUACCAUGAACUGAACAACAACCUGUACAACAGGAGUGGCUCUAGCGCUACCAACCUCAACAGCUAUGCCAAUUCCCCCAGCGUCCUGGCAGAUGGGUACAGCACCUACAGAUCCUUUACGGGGCUCGCUGCUUCUCCAGCAAGAUAUCUGAGCCGAUCGAUUCCUUCCCUUCAGUCUGAAUAUGUUCAGUACUAAAGCCUUGUUGCUUCGGUAAAAGCCGGACAGCUCUUAAACUCAAAUUUCUUCAAGAAGGAGCGAUGUUGCGGGGAAGAGACCUCUUCAUAUAUGAUUAGGACUUAAAGAAACCAAGUCUUUGGAUAACCAGAGGCACAUCACUUAGUGACUACUACAAAUGCACUGAAGUUAAACUUCUGGAUAUUAUAGUUUUGUGUACAGGUAGAAGAUUUUAAUAUUGAAGGCAUUUCUAAUUAAUGUUAGCAGUAUGUUUGUAAUUAUGGUUCUGAAUACAAUGUUAUAAUAUCUAUGUAUUGAGUAUAUUAGCAUGUGUAUGUGUGUAUACACAUGCAUAUGUAUCAUGGUAUAUAUAUAUAAAUACUUGUGUACAAAGUAGACUAUAUUUUGAUUUAAGAUUAGCUCAUUUUUUACCAAAAAAUGUAUAUUUUUGAAUAUAUAAUUUUACAAUUCAAACAUUAACCAGUAUCCAGAGAUGGCUGUUGUGUGCAGGGUAUUUUUGCACUUGAUUCAAAGAGGAGAGCUUCGCAAAAUGUUAUGGCAAAGUCUCGCUUUACAGGGCUCCUGAAUUUUGCAGGAUGCAAAAGAGAACGAGUUGAAGAAAGGGGCUCAAUAAUCUGUAUCCACAUUUGGAAGCCACUUUUGCACAUCUCUCGAAACUGGCUAUUCGUUACAGAGCUGCUUGUUUUCAUUUUAUGACUACAUCACUGUGGCUUCAGUUUAAGAAACUUUACUGGUGGACGACAAGUUAGUGUUGGUCUCAUUUUUUAUGUUUGCUUUUAGCAUUGAAAUGUCGAUGUUCAAAAUGGACCAUUUAAAAAGUAUAUAAUAUACUUAUGGAAUAGGACUAUUCUAACUGUGUGGAUUAAUUUUUUGUUCAUUCAAAGGGAAAGUAAUUUAAAACAAUAGAUCAGUCAAUGUUUUCAACUGAAUGAUUUGUUUUACACCCACAUUAUGCUCUUAGAGCCUUAUUUUUCUGUAUUACUGGUUCUGAAAACUACUGUAUGAAAUAUAAAGCUAGGAUGCCAUGCUUAGUAGGGAAGGAGUUUGCACAUAGCAAGAAAAACAUCAGUGUUCCCUAAAUCUGUAAGGCAGUGUUUCUCAACCUUCCUGAUAUCACCACCCCUUAAUACAGUUCCUCAGCUCCUCAUUAUUUUCGUUGCUACUUCAUAAUUGUAAUUUUGCUACUGUUAGGAAUCGUAAUGUAAAUAUCUGAUAUGCAGGAUGUAUUUUUAUUCACUGGACCAAAUUUGGCACAAAUACCCAAUACGCCCAAAUUUGAAUACUGGUGGGAUUCGUGCAGGGGGAUUGAUUUUGUCAUUUGGGAGUUGUAGUUGCUGGGAUUUAUAGUUCACCUACAAUCAAAGAGAAUUCUGAACUCCUCCAUCGAUGGAAUUGAACCAAACUUGGCACACAGGACUCCCAUGACCAACAGAAACUCCUGGAAGGGUUUGGUGGAUGUUGACCUUGAGUUAUGACAUUGUAGUUCUCCUACAUCCAGACAGCACUGUGAACUCAAACAAUGAUGGAUAUGGACCAAACUUGGCACGAAUAUUCAAUAUGCCCAAAUGUGAACACUGGUGGAAUUUGGGGAAAAUACACCCUGACAUUUGGGAGUUGUCAUUGUUGGGAUUUAUAGUUCACCUACAAUCAAAGAUCCCCUUUCUGAUGGUCUUUGGAGAACCCUCUGAAACCUCACUUGUGACCCCUCCCCCCCAGGGUCCCGACCCCCAGGUUGAGAAACACUGCUGUAAGGUUUUCAUGUCUCUGAUUCUUCAUUUGACAGGAACUUUCAUUGUGCAAAUAUUUUUUUUCUCACUCCAACUGUAAAUAUGGAUGCAGGAAGUCACGUUUUCAUUCUGGAUUGUGCAAGUGUUAGAGACAUGUUUCCUGUAUGCCAUACUAUAUCUGCAUAUUCAACUGUUUUCUCCUGUACAGUAUCCCUGAAAAAUGCUGUUGCCAUGACUAAUAUCUUAAUGCAUUUCAUUCUUAGUUCAUGUUAAUCAUCAAACCUUUUCAAAUAUUGCUACAGGAAAAGAGAUCAGUUAGAACCCUUCAUAUGAUUUUUAAAAAAUGCUGCAGUUCCCUUAUUUUUCUGUGUGUAUAUAUACUGCUUGUCAUUAUCAUUAUCAUUGAGAAGAAAAUAACAGUAGAAGUUCAAUGGCAACACUCAUGUCAUUUAUCAUUUUUAAUACACUUAGAAGUUGGUGCACUCAAGGCAAUGGCUGCCUUUAAACUAACAACUCUAUCUCCUUUAAAAGUCCAGAAAAUGUACAAGCCUUUCCCCAUUUUUACUCCCUUUGGAGCAUGAGUGUUCAAACUAUGCUUUCCGACUUCAUUCAAACUGGUAGAUUGUAUUUUCCAGGACACGACAUAAUUUGAAAUGCAUUUAAUAAUUCUUAUAAUGUCCUGGUUUAGGAAAAAUAGAAAACUUACAUGGUUGUGAUCUUCCUAGUUUAAUUGCUUGUCCUCCAAAGGGAAGGGCAAAGGGACUACCUGUUUUAGCAAAAAGGCUUGUUGGCAUUGUGGCUCAUUUAGCAAAUAUAUAAUCAUCCGAAGAAGGCCGUUCAUAAAGAAAUGCAGGGAGCGUGCUAUAUCUGUACUGGUUUUUAAUGUUGAGCAAUUAUGAUGGCUAAAUUCUUGAUUGCAGCUGUUUUAAUCGAUGGAUGCAACAUUUUUAUUGUAUGUACAUGAAAUGUACUGUAUAUACGUGAGCAAUAGGCAAAUUCUAAGGUAAUUCUACCUCUAUAAAGUUUGACAUGUAUUUUGUUACUAGCUUGGAUACUAGAAAGAUGUACUAUUUUUGGAAUGUAGAAAUAUAAAUGCUAAUAAAUAAUAAACAUCCAGAUUAUGCAGCUUUA